AUGUUGACUGCACUAUUUAUACGGAACCACCGACCUCGACGGGCCGCGUUACGGUCGGCCUUUGCCGCUGAGCGCGAUACCGCAGCGGAAGCGUCCGUGGAAGAGACACCAGGACCAAAGCCGAAACCAGAACCAGACCCAGAACCAGCACCAGCACCAGCACCAGCACCAGAGCCAGAGUCAGGACUUACCCCGGAAUCGGCAGGUCUUGCCGGACACGAAACACCCUCUUCUACAACUUCGACAAUGGCAAAUCCCUCCACGCCUUCCACCACACCCCGCAUCACAUUCUCUUCGCUGCCCGCCGAGAUUCGCAGUGCCAUCUGGACCGAGGCCCUGCCGCGCCGCGUCAUUGGCCUGCGGCCGUUUGACGCCGACGCCGACGAGUACGCGUCGAGCUCUGCCCCGCAGGGGGACAGCGUCACCGUGGUCAGCGCGCGUGCGCGGGCCAGUGUCGGCAGCCGCAUGCCGCAGGCCAUGGCCAGCACGUGUUUCGAGUCCCGCGCGGCGGCCCUGCGCAGCGGCCGCUGGACCAUUGGCGCCGAGGGCCAGCCGGUGUGGUUUGACCCGACGCGGGACACGAUCUUGCUGAACAGCAAGCGGCGGGUCGACUACAUGCUGCUGGGCCGGGCGACGCCGCCGGAUACAGACGAAGACGAAGUUGGCCAAGACGGCGACCACGACCACGACGACGUCGCCGUCUGGCGCGUCCCGAACGUGGCCCCGCCGCUGGCGCCCCGGCCACCGCCACCGGGCCCGGCCCCCAUCAACCCGGCGAGCACCGUCAGCAUCGCCGACCUGGCCCAGCACCAGCUCAUCGGCUGCCUCGAUGAAGCCGUGCGCGGAGGCGGCGGCAUUGCCGUCAAGCACGAGCUGCUGCAGUCGCAGGUCGGCGCCGCCAUCUUUCCGCUGCUGCAGCGCUGUGCCGCGGCGGCCGCCCACCGCGCCGGCGCGAGGUCCCCCCCACCGCAGCUGCUCGUCUACUUUGACGAGAUUGUCCUGACCGGUACGCGCGCGCAGGCCGUGGCGAGCGGCCUGUUUGGGAGCGCGGCGGCGCCCGAGGAGCACAUGUUUUUUGUGCCGCUGAGCAACCGCGCCACCCUCCAGCGGAUCCAUGCCCUCUGCAAAGCGCGCCCCGCCGCGUCGGCCGCGUCGGCCGCCACUGCCACGGCGCGCGAGGGACGGGCCCACCUGCAGGGCAGCCUGGGCGGCCUGCGCAUCGGCCACGCCGGCUUCCUGGCGGAGCUGCUGCGGCCGUCGCACACCGUACAGAACCUUAGGAUCCUGGCCAUGCGGUUUCUGUACCACGUGAAGCAGUGGCGCGCGGACAUGUCGUACGAAUCCAGCGAGGUGCUGAUUGCGCGGGCGCUGGAGGCGGGGCUGCCGCCGCUGGAGCAGGCCAUUCUGUUCCGGUUCAAGGAGGUGCCGGCGUUUGUGGACAGCGAGCAGUGGGGACAUGAGCGAAACAACGCGUGA